CAGGCCUCAGCCCCUCUCCAGGAGCCCUCCAGCCUCCUCAGCAGCGGAAGUUCCGGUGUCGGUAAGCGGAGGUCAGAGGUCAGCAGGAAGUCGAUACGUGGCCGCCGCCUGUCCCCGCUGAGGAGGUGCAGCAGCCGGAGAUGGCGGCGGUGCUGAACGCAGAGCGACUCGAGGUGUCCGUCGACGGCCUCACGCUCAGCCCGGACCCGGAGGAGCGGCCUGGCGCGGAGGGCGCCCCGCUGCUGCCGCCACCGCUGCCGCCGCCCUCGCCACCCGGAUCCGGUCGCGGCCCGGGCGCCUCAGGGGAGCAGCCCGAGCCCGGGGAGGCGGCGGCUGGGGGCGCGGCGGAGGAGGCGCGGCGGCUGGAGCAGCGCUGGGGUUUCGGCCUGGAGGAGUUGUACGGCCUGGCACUGCGCUUCUUCAAAGAAAAAGAUGGCAAAGCAUUUCAUCCAACUUAUGAAGAAAAAUUGAAGCUUGUGGCAUUGCAUAAGCAGGUUCUUCUGGGCCCAUAUAAUCCAGACACUUGUCCUGAGGUUGGAUUCUUUGAUGUGUUGGGGAAUGACAGGAGGAGAGAAUGGGCAGCCCUGGGAAACAUGUCUAAAGAGGAUGCCAUGGUGGAGUUUGUCAAGCUCUUAAAUAGAUGUUGCCAUCUCUUUUCAACAUACGUUGCGUCCCACAAAAUAGAGAAGGAAGAGCAAGAAAAAAAAAGUUCUAGAUCAGAUGUCUUGCUUUCCUUGGAUCCCCACUUCUUGUGGCAAUUGUUCAAACUUCCUGAUGUGAGCAGGAAGGAGGAAGAGGAGCGAAGGCGGCGUGAAGAGGAAGAAAGAGAACGUCUGCAAAAGGAGGAAGAGAAACGUAGGAGAGAAGAAGAGGAAAGGCUUCGACGGGAGGAAGAAGAAAGGAGACGGAUAGAAGAAGAGAGGCUUCGGUUGGAGCAGCAAAAGCAGCAGAUAAUGGCAGCUUUAAACUCCCAGACUGCCGUGCAGUUCCAGCAGUAUGCAGCCCAACAGUAUCCAGGGAACUACGAACAGCAGCAAAUUCUCAUCCGCCAGUUGCAGGAGCAACACUAUCAGCAGUAUAUGCAGCAGUUGUAUCAAGUCCAGCUUGCACAGCAACAGGCAGCAUUACAGAAACAACAGGAAGUAGUAGUGGCUGGGUCUUCCUUGCCUACAUCAUCAAAAGUGAAUGCAACUGUACCAAGUAAUAUGAUGUCAGUUAAUGGACAGGCCAAAACACACACUGACAGCUCCGAAAAAGAACUGGAACCAGAAGCUGCAGAAGAAGCCCUGGAGAAUGGACCAAAAGAAUCUCUUCCAGUAAUAGCAGCUCCAUCCAUGUGGACACGACCUCAGAUCAAAGACUUCAAAGAGAAGAUUCAGCAGGAUGCAGAUUCCGUGAUUACAGUGGGCCGAGGAGAAGUGGUCACUGUUCGAGUACCCACCCAUGAAGAAGGAUCAUAUCUCUUUUGGGAAUUUGCUACAGACAAUUAUGACAUUGGGUUUGGGGUGUAUUUUGAAUGGACAGACUCUCCAAACACUGCUGUCAGCGUGCAUGUCAGUGAGUCCAGCGAUGACGACGAGGAGGAAGAAGAAAACAUCAGUUGUGAAGAGAAAGCCAAAAAGAAUGCCAACAAACCUCUGCUGGAUGAGAUUGUGCCUGUGUACCGACGGGACUGUCAUGAGGAGGUGUAUGCUGGCAGCCACCAAUAUCCAGGGAGAGGAGUCUAUCUCCUCAAGUUUGACAACUCCUACUCUUUGUGGAGGUCAAAAUCAGUCUACUACAGAGUCUAUUAUACUAGAUAAAAAUGUUGUUACAAAGUCUGGAGUCUAGGGUUGGGCAGAAGAUGACAUUUAAUUUGGAAAUUUCUUUUUACUUUUGUGGAGCAUUAGAGUCAGAGUUUACCUUAUUGAUAUUAGUCUGAUGGUUUGUGAACUCUUGCUGGGAAUCAAAAUUUCCUUGAGACUCUUUAGCAUUCAUACUUUGGGGUUAAAGGAGAUUCCUCAGACUCAUCCAGCCCUUGGGUGCUGACCAGCAGAGUCACUAGUGGAUGCUGAAGUUACAUGAGCUACAUGUUAAAUAUUUAAAGUCUCCAAAAUAAAACACCCCAACGUUGACCUUACCCGGCUGAUGGUUAGCCCCUUGCUGCCUGCUCCAUGUGUCUUAUGAGAGCCCGUAGUUACAGUGCCCUCUAAUUUGAAAUCCACAAGUUAAUAAGUCUAUAUCAGGUGCAGCUGGCUUUGAUUAAAGGUCAUUUUUAAAACUUAAAAACUCAAGACCUCACAGAUUAUAAUAGAAAAAGAAAUGGCCUCAGUUUGAUCUUGUUUGGAAUGACCCAGAUUGUUUCUGCUUUGGGUGCAGCUGUUUAGUUCAGAGUUAUAUUACAGAGAAUUAUUUUCUGAGAUAAUCUUAAACUAGAAUGUUCAAAACUAAUUGAUAAUUGAAGUAUCAAGAUACGUAGAACACCUCAGAGAUUUUUUUUCAGGAGCUUCCACAAACUUUGAAUCCUUGUAUCUUUAUUUGGUAUUCAUACUACUAGUAGCAAAAUACGGGUUUUUUGUUUUGUUUUGAUUUGGCUUCAUAGAGUAUCUCAAGUUGAAACUUUUCUGCACAAAGAAUAAAAUUAGGGAUUUUAUGAACUCAAAUUGGCACCUCCUGAAUUAAAAUACAUAAAAUCAUUUAAAUAUAAUUCAGCAUAUGGGAAGUAACAUUGCACUAAUAUGGAAAUCACUGCCAGAGACAGUCUAUUUUCUUUUAAUUUGUUACUAUUUAGUCACAAACCCCACAUUAUUCCAGUUUGGAAUUACUUUUUAAGGAGAAUUGGAAAUACAUAUGCCCAUACUUAAAUUUUAUAGCUUUAAUUUGUGUUAUUUCUUUAUUGACGGGAAGAGAUACAUCUUUUUUUCCUUACUGAAAACAAAUAUGGAUUAAUUGCCUCAAAUUUGUAUAAGUGAUUGGCUAGUGAUUCUUGUUUUCAGAAGGGAGAGUGGUGUAGAUAGAAAAUGACAAAGAUGGCAAUAUACACUUAAUGUUGUUAUUAUAUGUUGUUACUGAAGUACUUAGAUUUUUAAAAUUUCAAAUCCUAAAUCACUUCUUGUAGGAGGGUUUUCAUUAACUGCAGUAUAUACAGUUCACUACAUAUGGGUUGUUUUUUUGUGUGCUGUAUUUCUUUCUGUUUUUUAAUACCUGGUUUUGUACAUAUCUAACUCUGUUCUCUUUUGGUUGUUCAGAAACUGGAUUUUUUUUUCUUAAGCAGUGCUUAAUUUGUGUUUUUAAAUUUUGAUUCAGAAGUAGUCCUAGCUCAUAGGUGUUCAUAUUGUUACAUCCAGAACAUUUGUCAGGCUCUCUGUCAGCUGUCAUGUACAUAUGGUAUAGAAACCAUGGAGUUAGGCACUUCCUGGAUUUUUUUUUAUGAGAAAAAUACUGUAUUUAAAAUGUAAAAUAAACUUUUAAAAAGCAGGCACUAAUAUAUAUUUCUUCCAGCCUUUGAUUACAAAUUUGUCCUUGCACAUGUUAAGAUGAAUUAUCUCCUAAAAAUAUCAUUGUUCUUAGGAGCAGUGUAUGUUACUUUACAUAGCAGCGGUUCCUGUCAUGUGUUCAUGUCAGAAUAUUUUUGGUUUUAAACUUUUUUAUUGCCUUUGGCUGUUGAUUAGUACAGUACAAGUGCAAUUUCAAAAAGAUCUUGAAAGUAAUAUAUUUAAUCAAUUAAAAUGUUUAUCUGUAA